AUGGCAUCUGGCUCCAGCGCAUUGAAUUACCAGGAGCAGUUGAGAAGACAAACCAUCAUGAACUCUAUGGAGAAUAAAGACUUUUUGCUCAUUGUCGCCAGCCAGCAGAAGAAAUCGGUUCAGCAGGUGAAGUACGAGCUCAUGUUAAAGUUGGUAGAGGGAUAA